UUUGUGAAGAAAAUAGUGACAGUGUAUACAAUUAUUCAAAAUUUCGGUAUGUCUUUUUAGGUGUUGUAAAAAUUUACGUUUAGGCCAUUUCCCAAACAUAACCAAAGAAAUUGUGAUUGGCAUAUUUUCCAAAUUCGAAAUUUGUUUGGUGGUUGUCUUUGUGUUUGAUAAUUCCAACUGGUCGCGACUCAGCUUUGAAAUUCAGUGAUGGAUGUUGAACAGGAGAACGCUAUUUUGAAGGAAGAAUAUGAAUGUUUGUCUCGUGUAGCUGAUUCACUUGUUGGUGCUUUGGUGCGCUUCAAAGAUGUUGAACUGGUCACAACCACGCUGGAGACGUGUAAGGAGUUCAGUGCUUGUGAAAAUCAGGAUGUUAGAAAGUAUACCAAUCGCUUUAUGCAAUACUUUUUGAAAGUUAUUCAUUGGACAGUCGAACAUCAGCCACUGAACAUCUAUGAGAUGUGGUAUAACGCCAGAAAUCAGGAGGCUGCUAAAAUCACAUCUUUGUGGUUGGAAAAGGAAAAGUCAUUUAUGGCCGUAAAAUCAUCCGUUGAUGGUGCGCUGAUGAUAUAUGGGGCAGUGGCAAACGAUUCCGCAGCAGGUUGGUAUAAAAAUGGGCUGGAGGCACUACGAGCGAAGAUUGAAAUCAUUGAGUCUUGUACUGAUGGUGAAGGAGAAGAACAGGCUGCAGAUGCACCAGCGCAAUGACAGCAAAUACAUUCUAAACAUCUUCUGCUCUUCCUUAAAUCAGGAAUGCCAAUUGGUGAAUUGGCAUUUAUAGUGCUUUCCAUCAGUCUUGAAGUUGGAAUUGCAGAAAAAAUUAGUACUUAUGAGCUCGGGACUAAGAUAGGAUAUAAAUAUAAAAAAGCAUUAAGUGCUUGUUUUUGAAAUUUCGAAAGUAGUCGUUAAUGUAGAGAUCUAUAAUGAGCUCGGGAUUAGGAGAGGAACAUCUAGACAAAGAAUUCUUCGUGGAAACUUCGAAAUCGAUCGGAAUGAGAUUGUGAAAACCAACUAUGAAUUUGAGAUUAAGUGACAGAAAAUCAGGCAGUACUGCUUGUAAACUUUAAUUGUGAAAACCGAUCAAGAGUUAAGCCCUGAAUGGGGAAAAAAUAAGAAAAAAAAACGCAAUUAAACUAUUUUCAAUCGAAGCUGCGAAAUUAGUCGCAGGUUUAACAACAAUAAAAACAAUAAAAACGUUUGAAGUAAAAUUGAAUCGACGACUUUUUGUAAAACUCAACAACCAAAAAUCGUUCCACCAAAUUAAGCAAGUCAUCAAAACAAUAGAAAUAAAACUAUACUACAAAACCAUAA